GACACUCCCGAUUCCAUCGCUAUUACAAUUUUCAAGCGCACGCCGAGCGAGCGAGAUUGAGCGAAAGCGAAGAUGGUGAAGAAGAGGGGUCGAACUCGCCGGUCCUCAGCCGCGGAGCUUCUGGAAACGCCGCCUUUAACGCCUCCUCCGUCCGCCGACACUCCAAAGUCAACGAUCUUCAACACAAAAAACAGCAAUGAAAGGAAGUUAUCUUCACCGGAGAACACCAACGUUGCGAAGAACAGAGUCGCUGCUGGUCUAGGUUCUUCCACUGCCGGUCUCUUCAAGUCGCCUGCUCGAAAUACUUUGAGCACUAUAUCUGAUCUCAAGGACUUUGCGUCUUCGCUUCUCGUCGAUCUCAAGCGCCACAUUGAUCACUCUCACUCACAGAUUGUCAAAGAUCUCGACUCCUCGAACUCACGCCUCCAAAAGCGAUUUAAGAUUCAAAGUCAAACAUGCCAGCAAAUGAUGGAUGAAGCAGAGAAGGAGUAUAAGAAGAUGUCCCGAAGAAUUUGUGAAAGUCAGGAAGCAAUGAAGGCUUCAUACGAAGAGUUUUUGGCACAUGAACAGGAGAGUGCAUCUCGCGCUUGUAAAACAUCCGUGACUGAACUUUCGCAAUCCUUUGAGAGAUCAAUGGAUGCUCUUCGCAGCCGUUUCGGGAUCCCGUCCACCUAACCUCACUAUCAAGUGACUUGAUGAACAAUUACUGUGCUUGGCAUCAUCUGUUUCUCGACCACACCCUCUACUUAAGUAAGUUCACUACUAUCUAGCCAGAUGUGGUGUUCAAUCCAAAUUUCUUGCAAUAUUCAUUUUUACACGUUAGACUCACAAGUAGUGUGUCAAUAUGUUUGUUUUCCUCACAACUUAAACAUUUACGCUAUAAAAACUAUCAUGCAUAUGAAUGCUCUACUGGUCAUGUUAUACAAUUUUCUUUGAAAUGGCAGAUAUAAAUUUCGGUCAA